AUGACUAGCGAUUUACCUGAACCAGAUCUUUACAUAGGCAAGCAUUACAAAUCUUUCUUAUCCAAUAAUUUUGAUCCCAAAGAAUACGCUAAUUCCACUAUCAAUUCAACCUCGGAGAGUGAUGGCGAUAUAACGAUUUCACUCGCAAAAUUAUCAUUUGGCAUAGAUAAUUUAAAUAAACAACUUCAUGACCAGGUUAUUGCACAUUUUGAAGAUUUGAUAUCGCAAGCAUCUGGAAUUAGAGAUUUAGAAAUCGUCUUAAAAUCGGUUAAAGAAGGUGUUAACUCCCUUACUUCUUCUUUAGAAAGGCUCAAAACAAAAAUACAUGCACCAUAUACACAGAUAAAAAAUUAUACUUUACAAUUAGAAAGAUAUCAAACAGCAUCAGAUUUAUUAAGAAAUAUUGUUAGAUUCUUUCAUUUAGCCAGACUUUUGGAAGGACAAUUAUCAGAAAUUAAUAAUGAGGAUGAAAAAGCAAUUGAAUAUGUUAAAGCAGCACCUAUUUUAGGAGAAUUGGAAAUUCUUCUGAAAGAAGUUGAUUUUGAGGGAAUUGAACUUGUACAAGCUCAAAUACCUGAAAUUCAAAAAUCAAAAGACAAAAUAACAGUUGAAACAUUUCAGUUAUUACAAAAAGGAAUUGAUUGUCAGAAUGAAGCGGAUAUAAUUCUUUGUAUUCAAAUAUUUAAAGAACUUCAUGAGAUAGGUGAAAGUAUCUUAAAAUAUGUUGAUGAUAUAUAUGAGAAAUUACUGGAGCAGAUCAAAGAUGUAGUUGAUGUGAAUUUGCUUCAAAAGGAGGUGAAAGAUUCAGGAGUUAUCCCGAUGAAAGGGAUUAGAAGGCUGGGAACUGAACCUUCUACUGGAGCUUCUUCUGUUUGGACUUCUACAUUAUGGAAAAGAAUGGAGAUAUUAAUGAAUGAAAUAUGUGAAAGUUAUCCCAUGACUGGAUUAUCAUAUUUAGAAGAUGAUUCGAUAUUGGACACUGAAUUUCUACAACAUUAUUGGAAACUUUUGUCACAAAAUUUUGGAAGAGAAUUAAAAGAAGCUACUAAAGGAAACACAUUCAUGCAACAAACACUUAUUAAUGGAUACCCAAAGUUGAUUCGUUUAUUCCGUGAUUUUUUUACAAAACUUGAAGAACAUGGUCAUUUAAAACUUGAUGGUGAAUUUCAGAGUCAAGAAACAUUAAUUAUGUUACAUAGUAUUUUAAGUUUCGAGACUGGAUAUUUAGAACGAUCAAUUAUUCGAUUAUUCGAUCCCAUCAAUGUUGCAUUUCCAGCAGGCAUUCAUCGUACUCCUCCAUCUAAAUCUGACGUUACAAAUAUAGUUCGAGCCAUUUCAACUGAAUUGGCUGCAGUAAGAAUUGAUCCACAUUUAUUACGUUCUGUUGCAAAGAAUGUUGUUAAAGCUUUAAACUUAUUUGGUGCCAAAGCAGAAAAUAUGGCGAUAGUUGAUUCUUCGGCAUAUCAAGUAACCGGACCUGGGCCAUGUACAGCUUCACAAAAUACCAAUUUUGAACUUAUUAAUUCGUUAUACGCUUUACACCAAUCAGCAUGGAAAGUUCUCGAAGAGUAUCCUGAUAACAUAACUGAAAUAGUAUUUGAUGCUGUCGAAAAUACUAGAAAGGUGAUGCAAAAUAUUGUUGACCCAUUAUUUCAUCAUAUACGAAAGGAAUUUGAAUCUACGAUUCUAAAAAUCCAUAGGGAAGAUUUUUCAAGACAAUUAUCGAUAAACUUUAUGCUUACCGAAGCACAAUGUAGCACAUAUAUGAUUGAACUUUCAAAUCGUAUGAAUUAUGUACAAAAAGAAUUGUUUUCCAAAAUUUCAUGUGGUCUAAAUAGCAAAGAAUGGACAAAAGAAUUAGGAAAAAGGAUUCUUUAUUUUUGGUUAUUACAUGCAAGUUUGGUUCGUCCUUUAACAGAAAACGGAAAAAAAAAAUUAACUCGAGAUAUGGGACAAUUAGAAUUUUCUUUAAAUCAAUUACUAAUUGAAAAUGGUUCAAGUAUUGAAGAAUUAGGAGAUGAAUAUAAUGCUUUAAGAGCAUUUAAACAGUUACUUUUCCUUGAUAAAUCACAUAUCGCCGAAGAUCAAUAUAUAUCCAAUCUACCUUUAUUGAUUUUAAUUCAUCAUAUAAUAGUUAGUUCAUCUACUUCCACUCAAAACAUUAAUACAGUUAAUACAUUACAAUUACCUUAUAAAAUAUAUGGAUGGACCGAAGCGGAUUAUUCGAAAUGGUUAGAUGAACAUAAUGAAAGUGAAGGAAUUGAUUUGGUUAAAGGAUGUUUAAGAACCAAUUCCGAAUUAAAAUCAAGUAAUGAAGAAGAAUUGUUUGAAGAGAAGUUGGUGAGAAAGUUGUUGAAAGAAAGAGCUGGAAUUGAAGUUUAA